CAUUACCCAAUCAUAAACAGACACAUCACCAAUUACAAACAUUUUUCCCUCACUUUCUCACAGUUGCACCUUCCAAAACCCAAUCCAAAACCCUUUCUUUUAUCGUAUUUUCCCUCACUUUCUGGCAAUCCAAACACCAUGUCCACCGCCACCACCACUCUUAAUUUCCUCUCUCCACUAUCCGUCACCACCAAAACCCAAACCUCAAUCACCAGAACGCUCCCAUUCUUCUUCUCCUCUUCAAAAUUCACUCCAAUCUCACACAAUUUCCCCAAACCUUUCAAGACCCUAACUAAAAGAUUCAUCCCAAAAGCGGACGACGGCGACGGCGAUGAAGUCGGAGCAGAUGAGUAUGAAAUGGAUGAGGAAGAAGUGGAGGAAUUGGACAACAAAAAGGACUACGACCUGGAUUACGACCCCUCAAGCGUUGCUAGUGGUGGAGAUGAGGUCAUUGCUAUGGUAGAUAGUAAGAGCUUUGUUUCUACGCAGGGUUGGGAUAGUGAAAAGAUUGUUGAUUAUCGAAUUGAUGAAGAUGAGUUUCACAAAAUUAGCUUAUUGGAUUGUGAUUUCUUCAUCAGGAAGCCUCCUGAUCCUGAUAAUGAUGUUUAUGAUUUUAGAGAGAUGUAUGUUACACCACCGGAUACUGAUGUUUAUGCUAUACCGAGGGUUUUAGCUCCGAUGCCACAAAAGUACAUCCGCUGUGGAAUGAGUGAUUAUGGACGGUACAAUUUCACAGAACCACCAAUUGAUGCACCUCGAGAUCCAAUGUAUAGUAGUGAGAAGGAAAUUUUGAAGGUUUUCUUGACGAAGCAUUACAGGAACCGAAGAUUCGGUGACCCAGAAUUUGUGCUGGAUUUUGAGGAGAUAUAUGUUAUUGAUUCCAAAACAAAAUCGAUAACCAGAGCAAAAGUAGUGGUCACAGCUCCAGGAGGACGAAACAGGGACAGAAAGAGUGACUUGCUUGUAAUACGUGAUAAUGGAACUUCCUUCAAAAUAAAGCAUGCGAGUGAAAGAGAGGACCCAACCACCGUGAUAGAGAGGGAAGAAUGGGCCAAGAGUAGACAAGACAUGGAGAAACAUCUCAGUAAACUAAGGGACUUCAGUGUUUCAAAUUGGUUCUAAGUACCUUAUGGAGACUGCAUCAUGGAGAUGAAGAAUAUAAACAUUUCAAAGCUUGGCCAGAGCACAAGGAGAUAUAUAAAACCCAAAACUUCAGUUGAUCUCAUGUCACCUUGAUUAUAUAAAAUAUCCAGGCAUCCUGAAAAGUUUGGAUAUCACGGAUGAGAUGCACGCAUGAGAUAAUACUCGGGCUUCCAUUUUGUAAGUACAUGGAAACUGCCCUUGUAGGUUUUCAGUCGAAGUGUGUUUCUUACUCUUUUCAUAAGCUUAGGAAAUGUUAAUUAGCUCGUGAUUAACUCUGCAGAACUCGUGAGACCUAAAACCUAAAGGUCCUUCAAAGAAACAGGUGCUAAUAUUGGUUCUCUAGGACUACUAA